GCUUGUGCACCGCUCCCCUAUUCCUUAGUUCAUGGUGUAUAAACAACGGUGUUCUACUCUAGUUAACCACGCAACGUAUCUUACAAUUGAAUAUAUUGUUUACAAUAGCUGAAAUUAAGAUAAUUUAAUAGAAAGUUUUUAAUUGGUUAUGGGUAGACAGUGCUGUGUUUUGGGGUGUUCCUCAGGCGUACAUUUACCCUUUCAUUCAUUCCCCAAAGAUGCAACUCUGGCAAAGAGAUGGAAAAUGGCUAUUUAUUCAGAGAAGAUUAAGCAUCUUACCGACGAUCAAAUAAAAAAGUGUGUUGUGUGUUAUAAACAUUUUGCAGAAAGUGACUAUGAAUCAAUAUAUAGGUUACGAAGAUUAAAACCUGGUGUUGUACCAUCAUUAUUUUUGCCAGAUAACGGUAACAAUAAUGGCAAUUCGAAGAUAGAUUCCAUUAUGAAAAAUUCUAGAACAGAAAUUUCAUGUACUCGAACUACAACUCCUUCUAUUGAAGGAAUUAAAACAGAAAAUGAACAAUUUACAUCAAAAGUAUCAGAAAUCACUAGUAAUGGCGAUUCAUCUAAGGCAGGGCUCUCUUCACCAAAAAAUUCAAAAUGUUCGUAUAAUGAACAUAUGAGGUACUUCCAACACUUUACACCAAAAAUGUGGAAGUUGUAUAAAGUGGCUUGUAUAUUGAAAAAGAAGCAAGAAUCCGUAUCAAGAAAACAUUUGUCAUUUCAUCAGCGUAUAAGACAAGCCAAACAAUAUAGCAAAAGUCCUGCUAUAGAAAAGCUGUUGUGCUCGCUAACACCUACUCAACGAACAUUUAUUGAGAUGCAGAUGAGAGCAUUAAAAUGUCAACCCAAGGACAGAUAUUUCACAUUAGAUGAAAAGAUUGCAGCUUUGUCCAUUAUGAAACAAUCCAGUAAAUAUUAUGAAUACUUGACACAAGUUUUUGAUCUGCCUAGUACAUACACGCUAUGGCCUAUACUCCAGAAAAUUAACAUUCAUCCUGGUCCAAUUAAUUUUAUAAACCAACGCUUGAAAGAAGAAGUAAGAAUGAUGAAACAGAAAGAUAAACUGUGUAUUUUAAUGUGGGAUGAAAUGUUAUUACAACCUCACUUAGAUUAUGAUAUGAAAAAAAAGCAUAUUAUUGGUUUUGAAGAUUUUGGGGGCAGGAGGAAUGCACUAUUUGUUGAUCAUGCAUUGGUUUUUAUGGUACGUGGCAUACAAAGCGGAUGGAAGUUACCAUUGGCAUAUUAUUUCUGCGAUGGUGCUACAAAAACUGAUCAACUUGUGAAAUGGAUCAAAACUGUUUCCACAAUUAUAAUUGACAGCGGAUUAAAUCUAGUAGCUUUCGUAUGUAAAGAUGGAAAGAGAGAUCUUGCGGCUGUGAAUAAAUUGAAAUUGGAGGCGGCUAAACAGAUGUUACGACUGGGAGAACGAUAUUGUGGUGAUAUAAUAAUAAAAAACCGCACUAUAAUUCCACUGUAUAAUCCGCCGUGUCUUAUUAAAGGCAUACGCAAUAAUUUAUUGAACUAUGAUCUCGAGUUUGACUGUGCAGAAGAGCAGGAGCGAAAAUUCGCGUCGUGGCAGAUUAUUGAGCAAGCCUAUCAUAUGGAUUUAACUCACAGCAUGUAUCGAUUGAUGCCAAAAAUUACUACAGAGCAUGUAAUAAAAGAUAAAGUGAGCAUUAAGAAAGUUAAACAUGCUGCGCAAGUUUUAAGCAUGACGAUGGGUGGUUUUAUACAUCACCAUACCAAGCUGGAAGGACAAGUGAACACAAUUCAUGGACCAUUAAGAAUGCCGGAGAAGGAAGGACGCGAUACGGCGGAUAUGAUACUUUUUUUCGACCGUCUGUUUGAUUCUGUGAAUGGAUACACCUUGAAACCGGAGAAAUCACUAAGAGUCGUCGUUUCGCACGACAGUCCGCAUUCAUCAUUUUGGGGAAGAGCGGCGAAGAGGCUACGCAGGAUGCGCUUUGUCGAUCCGACAGACAAGAAACCAUUGAAAGAAUCGGUCAUCCUGAAGAACUGGAUAUCCACUAUAGAGGGAUUCCGCAGAUUAUGGAAAGUUUUGAGAAUAUAUAAAUUCAAAUACUUCAAGCCGCGAAUCUUAAAUCAGGAUUCGCUCGCGAAUUUCUUUGGGCAGAUCAGGUCCCUCGGCGAGAGGAACGUUAAACCCACGUGUUCGGAAUUCGAGAGUUCUUUCAAGAUGCUGUUGCUCGGUAAUUUAGCAUCAGGUUGCACCGAAAAAGAUAACAGCGAGAACAAGACGGACGGGCCGUUAUUGUUUACGUUAAAAGAAUUCAUCAGCUUCAAGGUGUCGUGCAUGAACAAUGACACCGUAACGGAGAAUUUGAUGUUAGACUUAGAGAUGACGUCCUCAGACGCAACAGAAAAUAAUGAUAGUAUGUUUAGUUCUAUCACGGAGAGAAUCCUGAACAAUUCACACGUCGGAGAAUGCGAAGUAUGUAAGAAUCUCAUUUCGGAUUCGGCCAAAUCUGAGUUAGCUCCCAGCAAAUGUUUGCUGAAGGUUCUCGAGGACGCUGAUAAUAUACUGGCACAGAGAAUGAGUAGCGUAUGUUAUUUGCAUCACACGGCGUUGAUGUUGGAAACUGAAUUAUACAUGUCGUUGGAUUUACGUUGGCUGAACUGUCAGCAACACCGUAAUGUGCUCAAAGAACUCGUAGUAUCUUACACAGUCGUGUUUUAUAUCUCUAAAUGGUGUAACGGCAUAAAUGAGAUUUUGAUGGGUAAGGAGGAUAUGUCAUUAUGAAACAAUGAAACGACGUGCCUGUAUAAAAACACAAAAAUCGAAGAGUCGCAGAGGAACUUAAUAAAACAGUUUAUUUUAUUUCACACA